AGCGCCCAUCUCUCUCUCUCUCUCUCUCUCUCUCUCUCUCUCUCUCUCUCUCUCUCUCUCUCCAUACCGACUCAGUUUUUGUACUCGCUGGAGUUCCAGACGAUCUGAUCACCGGUUUCUAUCUCUGCCGCAACUCCGGUCACACGCUUCUCCUUCCAUCUAUAAAUGUUGGAUGCUUUCCAUUGUCUUCAACCGUGGUUAGAAAUUGUGGAUAAUCUAUAUGCUCUUUGAGCCUGGAUAAAUGACGAAGAACGUAACAAAGAAGGUCGGGAAAUAUGAGAUUGGCCGAACAAUUGGUGAAGGCACAUUUGCAAAGGUCAAGUUUGCGAAAAACACAGAAACUGGUGAAGCUGUUGCUGUUAAGGUUCUGGCUAAAAGCACAAUACUGAAGCAUAAAAUGGUGGAUCAGAUCAAAAGAGAGAUCUCCAUUAUGAAGAUAGUGAGACAUCCCAAUAUUGUGAGACUGCAUGAGGUUUUGUCAAGCCAUACAAAGAUAUAUAUAAUACUGGAAUUUGUCACUGGAGGAGAGCUUUUUGACAGAAUUGUUCACAAACGAAAGCUCUCAGAGAAGGAAGCCAGGGGAUACUUUCAACAGCUUAUUGAUGCAGUUGCCCAUUGCCAUUCCAAGGGUGUCUACCAUAGGGAUUUAAAGCCUGAAAAUCUCCUUCUUGAUUCCAAAGAAAGGCUAAAGGUUUCAGAUUUUGGACUCAGUGCACUCCCACAAGAAGGUGUUGAACUUUUAUAUACCACUUGUGGAACCCCAAAUUACAUCGCACCAGAGGUUUUAAGAAAACGCGGAUAUGAUGGUGGGGCUGCUGAUAUCUGGUCAUGUGGAGUCAUCCUGUAUGUCCUGUUGGCCGGAUAUCUUCCAUUUGAAGAGUCCGAUCUUCCAACUUUGUAUAAAAAGGUCAGUGCUGCUGAGUUUUCAUAUCCUUUCUGGUUCCCUUCUGGUGCAAAAUCAUUACUAGACAAGAUUCUGGAUCCCAACCCUCAAACUCGUAUUCGAAUUGAUGGGAUACGCGAGCAUCCAUGGUUCCAAAUGAACUAUGUAUCAAUGAGUCAGGGAGAAGAAGGUGAUGCGAGUUUGGAUGAUGUUCGUGCAGUUUUUGAUGACAUUGAGGAUCAAUAUGUAAUGGAAAGAUCGGAGGAGAAAGUUGCGCCUUUAACAAUGAAUGCGUUUGAGAUGAUCACUCUCUCUCAAGGACUGAAUCUAUCUGCCUUAUUUGAUAGACGUCAGGAUCAUGUAAGACGACAAACUCGUUUUGUAUCCCGGAAGCCUGCUAAAGAUAUAAUUUCAGCAAUCACAGCAGUUGCAGAAUUGUUGGGUUUUAAGGUCAUUAGACGUGGCUACAAGACUAGACUCGAGGGUGCAUCCGUGAAUCGCGCUGGACAGUUUGCUGUUGUUUUGGAGGUGUAUGAAGUGGCAACAUCUCUUUUCAUGGUGGAUGUUCGCAAGGCUGCUGGAGAUACUCUCGAAUACCAUAAGUUCUAUAAGGAUUUUUGUGGUAAACUCGACCAUAUCAUAUGGAAGCCAAAAGAGGGACUGCCAAACUCUUCUAUUUACAGAACAAUGACCUGCUGAUCCAAGGAUUAUAUAUAUAUAUAUAUGUUUUGUACAACAUGCUAAGUAAAUAUACAUAUGUUUUGUACAUAUUUACUUGUGUGGUGCUACUUAUGAUGAUGAUGAUGCCAUAUAUGAUGGUAAAAUGUUUUAGACGAUGGUUCCCUAUGAGCAAAAUGUUCAUGGUAAAUGAUUUGGAGAGAGAGGUGGCAUUUUUUAGGUUAGGAUGGGAUGCGAGAGGUAGAAAGGGCUUUACUCCAUUACAAAAUUGUACAUCAGUGCGCUAGCUUUGUCAGAUAGCAUACAAUAAAGUUGCCAACUCAAUGGAGGAGUAUUUGAAGAUGUUUGGAAAAACUUAGAGGAAAUAUUUACAAAUUAUGUUAAACAAUACUUGUGUAAACGUAUACGAAAAUUAAAUGGGUUAAGGAGA